GACGCUGGGAAGCCAUUUUGGGAUUCUGCAGUGUGGAACAGAAAGAAUGCGCUGUCAACUCUCAAACUUGUUUUGAGUUAUUGGGCAGGAGAUCGCCCCAUCCUGGAACACAAUGCUGAAUUAAAGUAUUCUUCCUUCCUUCUCUGUGGGAUGAAUGAUGCUGCAUUUUGAAAAGAUCCAGGUUUGAAGUAUGAUUUGAAACAGUGACCAUGGAUUUUUCACGUCUUCACACGUAUACCCCUCCCCAAUGUGUGCCAGAGAACACUGGCUAUACUUAUGCACUCAGUUCAAGCUACUCAUCAACAGCUCUAGAUUUUGAGACUGAACACAAACUGGACCCUGUUGACUCCCCAAGAAUGUCAAGGCGCAGCUUACGUUUGUCUGCUGCAACAUAUAACACACCUGAGGAUACACACAAUGAAGGCAUCUUUGUUGGUGGCAGCGGCUCCUAUGGCGGGGAAAAGGCAACUAAGUUUGUAAAGCAGCGUCAAAGUGUGGUGAAACAGUCUGGCUCUGUAAGACAUACCCCAAGAAAAAGUGUGCCCAGCUCUUCCAGUUUUAGCCACAGUAGUCAGUACCACGCAAGUGAUGGAUCUUUAAUGUCAACCAUAUUGGAUGAGUCUUCAAUACAGGAGCAGACAGCUGUUGACCAUUUUUGGGGUCUUGAUGAUGAUGGUGAUCUCAAAGGUGGAGACACUACAGUGAUUCAGGGCAAUGGUGACUUAGCAACAGCUGAGAACCAGACAACGCUGAGCAAUGGGUAUACCUGCAGUGACUGCAGCAUGCUUUCUGAGCGGAAGGAGGUCCUCACAGCAUUCUCGGCUGCUCGCAUGCCAUCCUCAAGAAUUUACUCCAGGGAUCGAAGCCAAAAACAAACUCACUCUAGCUACUGUGGAAGCAUGAAUGUAAAAGAAUUUCUCAGGGAAGAUGGCCACCUGGGUAUGAAUGGAGAAUCAAUGUGUUACUUCUUGCUACAUAUGUUACAAAGAAUGGGAACAGCAGGAUGGUUUGUGUCCAGGAAGAUUUUGUCACUCCUUUGGCUAGCUGUUGUGUCUCCAGGGAAGGCAGCUGCAGGAGUGUUCUGGUGGCUUGGGACUGGAUGGUAUCAACUUGUUACUCUGAUUUCUUUGCUGAAUGUGUUCCUUCUUACAAGAUGCCUUCCAAAGAUAUUCAGACUGCUGUUGUUUCUCCUCCCACUAUUGCUGUUGCUAGGAUUAUGGCACUGGGGUACCGAAGGUUUCCUUUCAUUAUUGCCAGCUUUGAAUUGGACGGGUAUACACAGUAUACACAGCUGGGAAGAUUCUGCAAAUAUCAUUGAGCCUCAGCCCGAUGCCUCUUAUGCUCUUCCAUACCCUGAUGAAACUAUGAAGGUAUUUGAUGCAGAUCGUGUGAUAGAGCUGGAAAAGAAAAUGGCCUUUAUGUCUAAGAAAUGGCAUCAUCGGGAUGAAGAAUAUAGUAAAAUGCUACUUCUCCUGCAAAGCCUUCAAGAUCAAGUUACCCAGAUGAAUGACAAAAGUGAAAUGCUGACACUCAUUAAAAAUGUGGUGGGACAGCAUAUUAAAGAAAUGAAGCCUGAUGAAACACUACACCCAGCGGGUGACUUUAUGACCUUGCACCAAGAACAUGAAUGGCGCAUUGUAGCUUUAGAAGAUCUCCUUGCAAAACUUUCUGAAAAAUCGGAGGGCAUUCAAAAGGAACUUGAACUAACCAACACACAAAGAGUGAGUGACACCGAUGAACAAAACAAACAUCUGUUAUCCAAGAUUAAACACCUAGAACUUGAGUUGGCUCACAUGAAAUCAGAACUGCUAAGUUCACAGGGUUUGAAGACUUGCUGUGACAGAAUGGAUACCCUUCAUGAAAAGGUAGAUGCCCAAGUUAAAGAAUCAGUCAAGAUCAUGCUUUUUGGCAACCAACAAGGAGACUUGCCAGAAUCGUUGCUUCAGUGGCUAACAUCCAAAUUUGUGAGCAAGAGUGACUUGCAAAAUUUGUUACAAGAUAUGGAAUUGCAGAUCCUCAAGAACAUAACUCUCCACAUGUCUGUCGCAAAUACAAAGUCAACUUCAGAGGUAGUAACGAGCGUUGUGAAUGAGGCUGGGAUUUCAGGCAUCACAGAAGCGCAAGCACGCAUUAUUGUCAAUAAUGCACUGAAGCUCUUUUCACAAGACAAGACUGGCAUGGUUGACUUUGCCUUGGAAUCUGGAGGUGGCAGUAUUUUGAGUACUCGCUGUUCAGAGACAUACGAAACCAAAACAGCUCUAAUUAGUCUCUUUGGAAUUCCCUUGUGGUACUUCUCUCAAUCUCCUCGCGUAGUGAUCCAGCCUGACAUGUAUCCUGGAAACUGCUGGGCUUUCAAAGGAUCACAGGGAUAUCUGGUUGUCAGGCUUUCCAUGAUGAUCUACCCUACAGCCUUCACCCUGGAACACAUACCAAAAACACUUUCACCAACAGGCAAUAUUACCAGUGCUCCAAAGGAUUUUUCAGUAUAUGGUCUUGAAAGUGAGUAUGAACAAGAGGGCGUACUUCUUGGGCAAUAUAUUUAUGAUCAAGAUGGAGAGCCAUUACAGAUGUUUCAAGUAACGGAGACAACUGAAAAACCAUUCCAGAUAGUGGAGCUAAGAAUAUUUUCUAACUGGGGCCAUACAGAGUACACUUGCCUCUAUCGGUUUAGAGUGCAUGGGAGACCUGCUGAAUGAAUCCUAUGUAUGCUUUCCUACUUCUGGAUGUAUAUUUUUUCUGUUUAUAUGUAUAUAAAGGUAAAGCCUGGAACACUGGAAUUCUUAAAAGAUACGUGAUGGGCUGCAGGUUCCAAGUUCUUGGCUAAGUAUAGAAGACUGCCAACAGAAUUGUAUAUCAAACCAAAAGGUUAUUUGCUCGGAUGCUCAGCUUGUACCUUCCAGACAGCUUUAUAUUUUUAACGUGUUCAUUCUAAGAAAAAUAUUGCAUGCCAACCACUCUCAUUUGCAAAACUCAGUUAACAAGCUAGUAAAUAUCUAUUUUAUUACUUUGCAAUAUAAGCUUUUUAAAACUUCUUUUUUGGCAGCUAGGAAUCUGUUUUCGUUGUGGGGGUUCACCUUCCCCACGUAUAUGAUUUUUAAAAAAACGACUGUGGAUGCAGUCUACCAUAUUCUGCAGUUGAAUAGUUUCCAGUCACUUUGACGGGGUUUGCAUGUGGUUCCAGCACAAGCCCUCUUUAAGGGAUGGAGACUGUGUGGCACCAGUAGUUGCUGCGUUGCCUUUUGGCCACAACCUCUCAGACCUGGUGCCGCUUCACAUACUUUUAAAUUCUCAGUAGGAUUUGACACCCGUGUUGCGUUUUUGAGGGAAAGUUUCUCAUUUCAUCUGGAAUUGUUUAAGAACAUCUUGUUAAAAGACACAUUUGGUAAGAAUAUAUUAUGUUUUAAUGUUACAGAUAGGAGAGGGAUAGAGCCAGAAGUCUAUUCAGACUGGUAACCAAACUGGAAAAACAAGAGAGAAAAGCGUCAUUAACAGGUGUUUUAAACAUAAAUGGCUUUAAAUUUUGAUUUUUUUAAAAAAAAAACUUUCCUUUUAAGCAAGUUGAUGGUUACAGUAGCUAAUAGUAGUUGAAUGCAUUAGAAGGUUUCCAUGAGUGGUAAGUACAAAUUUGGCCAAGCGUUUCAGCGUAAUAUCAACAGAAGUAUAUGCUGAAUAAAGGAGGAAGAGGUCUCAUCAAUAAGAAAUGGCCUUAACAGGGUUGAAUUAGAAUGGCUUACAAGAGUAGAUGCUGAGCGAUGGGAAAUAAUAAGGAAGUGGAAGUGGAACCAGAAUUAAAAGGAUGAUGCCAGAAAUGCUAAACCUCAGAUGUUUCAUCCCUGGGGCUUAUUCACACAUUCUCUCUUGUGCAGUUUAAUAUCCCAAGCCUCACUGGGUAUUCUGGGGUUGCUGCUAAUCUCUGGAAAGCCAGAGGAAACUUCACAAGAUUGAAUGUUGUUGAAACCUCAGGGGCAAAGUUUUGAUGUCACUUCUCCCAAAACAACUGUUAGUUUAAAAAAAACACCCAAACAAUAACAUGGUUAUGAACUUCAGGACAGAAAUGGAAGUUUUCCUAGAGCUCUUGUUACACAUGGAACUGGUUGCAUGCCCCGACAACUUGAUUUCUUUUAAAUUGGAAUUAUUAUUAGAAACCUUCCUUAGGAAAAAGAUUCCUGAAAGUGGUGGUGUGUGAAAAUCUUACCUUACGUUUUGCUUUUUUGGAGAGUUUAUAAUAAUUGUUCUUUUGGGAACAACAAGAUGGAGAGUUAAUGUAUGUUGCACAAAGAGUCCUCAAAUAUUUAUAGAGAGUUUUAUUUCCAGAAGACCAUUUGCUCGCCUAAGUUCAGCUAGAAAUAGAACCAAUGGCCUAUUGAGAAGAGCUUGUUAAAACCUGUACAGCUGUUUCAUAAACUGUAGGUUAAAUAUAUAAAUCAGAAUUAUCCUGUAUAAAUCCAAAUGGGGGAAGUUGACGGGGUGGGGAAUAUUUUGCAUAACACUAACUUAUUUUUUAAAGACGUAAGAUAGGACUUUGUGCAAUGUAUUUUUGUAAAUGCUUUUUUCAAAAUAUUUGUCUCUGGUAUCCUUUGCUGCCUCCAAACUGACAAGAAGCUAUUGAAAAUGUUUUAAGAGUUUAACUUUUGGAAAGUGCAUGUAAUAUUGGGAACUAAGUAAUAAAAGUUUUCUUUUUUUCCCC